CGUCUUCCCAUGAGCCUUUAGUUUCUUCACAGGCCUUGCACAUCUUCGAUGAGAUUUUGCUAACAUCAGCCCUGCUGGCCUGUCCCUCACGGGAGUCCUCUCUUGUCAUCAGCACGGAGGGCGGCACAGCAGCUGGCCAUAGGCGCCUUCACGGGUGCGGAGGCAGCUUCACGCCCGGACUUUGGAGCCCGACGCCUGUUUCCUUCCUGCUGCAUGUGAAUCCGAACUGUCUGCUUUCUCCUGCUCUUGCGCACUCCAACCCCCGGCUGCCCUUCUGAGCGAAGCUGGAGUGACGCGCGCACACCCAUGCUGGCGCUCUGCCUCUGGACCCCCGUGGCUGGCCUUUCCCUGUGAGCCCAGGCCAGGCCCCGCUGCCUGCAGCCCCCGCUCGGAGCUGUGCCCUCCACACCGGCAGCAGCGCCGGGCACAGUGGGCUUCUCUCCCUGUGUAUUCUUUCGUGAUCUGCCUGCCACCCUGCAGUGAGACCCCACAAGCAGACCUGGACACACCCAGCAGGAGGGCAGGCUGGCCUGCUGCUCCCUCCUGGCGAGGCAAUGCAUGAGUCUGGUCCCUGGACAGCCAGCCCACCUGCGAAGAAGCAGCCCUGUCCUGGAGGCCAUCUUCCCUGGCCCUCCACCACAUGAGACACACGUUCUGUGAGGAGACGCUGCUUAAUUAAACCCAGAGUGAGGAGCUUAAGGAACUUGGCACACGGAGCCUCUGUCCCUCCUGGCAUGGGGGUCCCAGCAGUGCCAGGAGAGGAGGUGGGGAGCUGCCAGCCCGGGGCCCAGUGCUAUCGCAGAGCCAGAGCUCCAUGCGUCGCAGGUCCAGACUCGCUUGCUCUUCACCGCCCUGGAACACAGCCAGGAAGCCUGGGUUGCUCAGAGGUUGCUCAAGAGAACUGGCUGAGUUCUGGGUCCCACACAGGGGUCUGGGAACACAGGAUACCUUUCCCUUGGCCUCUUGACCCACAGCCCCAGCAGGCUCUGCUGUCCCCUAGGUCCUGCUCUGCCCUUUCCAGCCCUCAGGUCCUGGGCGGGGGUGGCUAGAGCACGAGACGACUGCAGGGGGCGAUGCUGCAGGCAAACAAGCAGAGCAAGCCCCUGGCUCUGAUUGGCUUUGGGGAGGCGGACACCGUCUACAUAAAUGGCAGUUGCAUCCUCUGUGCCUUUUAACUGUCACCGAGGAGAGGAGAGAGAGGGAGGACAGAGAACAAGCAACUCCUGGCUGCUGCUCUCACCUCUGACAAAGCCCAGUCACCAUGAACACAAGUGAGUUCAGAAGGAGAGGGAAAGAGAUGGUGGACUACAUAGCUGACUACAUAGACGGUAUUGAAGGACGCCAGGUGUACCCCGAUGUGGAACCCGGCUACCUGCGCCCCCUGAUCCCCACCUCUGCCCCCCAGGAACCAGACAAGUACGAGGACAUCAUGCGUGACAUCGAGAAGAUAAUCAUGCCAGGGGUGACUCACUGGCACAGCCCACACUUUUUCGCCUACUUUCCCACGGCCAGCUCGUACCCGGCCAUGCUCGCCGACAUGCUGUCUGGGGCCAUCGGCUGCAUUGGCUUCUCCUGGGCCGCGAGCCCGGCCUGCACCGAGCUGGAGACGGUGAUGAUGGACUGGCUGGGGAAGAUGCUGCAGCUGCCGGAGGCGUUUUUGGCCGAGAAAGCCGGCGAAGGGGGUGGGGUGAUCCAGGGAAGUGCCAGUGAAGCCACUCUGAUAUCCCUGCUGGCAGCGCGGGCCAAAGUGACACGACGCCUGCAGGCCGCCUCCCCGGGGCUGACGGAAGCCGCCAUCCUGGAAAAGCUGGUGGCCUACUCCUCGGAUCAAGCCCACUCCUCGGUGGAAAGAGCCGGAUUAAUUGGUGGAGUGACAUUAAAAGCCAUCCCUUCAGAUGGCAAGUUCGCCAUGCGUGCUUCCGCCCUGCAGGAGGCCCUGGAGAGAGACAAGGCUGCCGGCCUGAUUCCUUUCUUUGUGGUGGCCACGCUGGGGACCACGUCCUGCUGCUCCUUUGACAGGAUCUUAGAAGUGGGUCCCAUCUGUAACAAGGAGGCCAUGUGGCUGCACAUCGAUGCUGCCUACGCGGGCAGCGCCUUCAUCUGCCCUGAGUUCCGGCCCCUUCUGAAUGGAGUGGAGUUUGCAGAUUCCUUUAACUUUAAUCCUCAUAAAUGGCUUUUGGUGAAUUUUGACUGUUCUGCCAUGUGGGUGAAAAAGAGAGCAGACCUCACGGGGGCCUUUAAACUGGACCCGCUCUACCUGAAGCACAGCCACCAGGAUUCAGGGCUUAUCACUGACUACAGGCACUGGCAGCUACCGCUGGGCCGCAGGUUCCGCUCUUUGAAGCUGUGGUUUGUUUUCAGGAUAUACGGAGUCACCGGGCUGCAGGCCUACAUCCGCAAGCACGUCCAGCUGGCUCACGAGUUUGAGUCUUUAGUGAACCAGGACCCUCGCUUUGAAAUCUGUGCGGAAGUCACUUUGGGGCUGAUCUGCUUUCGGCUAAAGGGUUCCAACAAACUGAAUGAAGCUCUUCUGGAAAGAAUAAACGGUGUCAAGAAAAUCCACCUGGUCCCAUGUCACCUCCGAGACAAGUUUGUGUUGCGCUUAGCCAUCUGCUCCCGCGUUGUGGAGUCUGCCCACGUGCAGCUGGCCUGGGAGCACAUCAGAGAGCUGGCAACGGACCUGCUGGCAGCAGGGAUGGAGUAAAAGGGAUCAAAAGCU